AUGCCUAUUCUCCCAGGCCCGUCGCUGAUAUCUGUGCUGAAUGAGCUCCCCAGUUCUGCUACUCUGCGUUACCGGGGCCCUGGUAUGCGGCCUUGGGGGGUCCUGGAGGAAGAGGCCCAGGAGGGACCUCCAGCCUGGGAGGAAGCUGCCCAGCAGGAGCUGCAAGCCCCACUGCCAUCCCGGGAGCUGCCCUGGCCCAUGCAGGCCCGGCGGAUGCACAGGCAGAAGCACGCCAGGGACCAAGCGUCUCAGGCCCCGGUGACUGGGGCAGCUUACUGGGCGCUGCGGCUCCGGAGGUCCAAGGAGAAGCUGCGGAAAGGCAUGGAUGCCCUGAAGCCCUGGGCAUGGACGCUGAAGAAGAUUGGAGGCCAGUAUGGAGCAGGCACGGGGUCCUAUUUCUCGCUGCUGCGCUUCCUGCUGUUCCUCAACGUGCUGGCUUCCGUGCUCAAGGUCUGCAUGGUUCUGCUGCCCACCUGGCUGGAAGCACCUUCCCCAGGGCCCCCCGGGUCUGCCAACAUGACCUGCGGUUUCUACGACCCCCUCCUGAGGGGCUUGGUCUCCUUUCCCACCCAGCUCUUCAAUCUGCUCUCAGGAGAGGCCUUUCUGGAAUGGUCUCCGCUCUUCUAUGGCUUUUACCCACGGAACCCGCACCUGGGUGUCUCCUACCUGUGCUGCACCUUUGCUGUUGGCCUGGUCGCGCUGCUGCUCAUCCUGCACCGCUCCGUGUCCGGACUGAAGCAGAUGUUACUGGCUGAAUCAGAAGUCCUGACCAGUUACAGCCACCGGGUCUUCUCGGCCUGGGACUUUGGCCUCUGUGGAGAUGUCCAUGUACAGCUGCGACAGCGCCAUCUCUUCUAUGAGCUGAAGGUAGAGCUGGAGGAAGCAGAGGUGCGGCGUCAGGCUGCAGUGCGGACCCUGGGUCAGCACAUCAGGGUGUGGUUGGUGCGGGCACUGCUCAACCUGCUGGUGCUUGGACUGCUGGGCGCUGCCUUCUACGGAAUCUACUGGGCCACAGGCUACACCGUGCAACUGCAGGAUACAACUGUUAUCCAGCACAACCCACUACUAAAGCUUGGUGUGGACUACCUUCCAUCCAUCUUCAUCUCCGGGGCCAACUUCCUGCUGCCUCCCAUGUUCAAGCUCAUAACCCAGUUUGAGGGCUAUACCCAGAGCCGCCAGAUCGCUUUUAUCCUUCUCAGGACCAUAUUCCUCCGCCUGGCUUCCCUGGUGGUCCUGAUCUUCUCCCUCUGGAAUAAGAUCACUUGUGAGGGCAAUGCUGAGAAUGAGGCCUGCAGAGAGUGUGGCUACAACUACAAAGAACUUCCGUGCUGGGAGACACGGAUGGGACAGGAGAUGUACAAACUUCUGCUCUUUGAUCUGCUGACUGGCCUCGCUGUUAUGCUGCUCGUUCAAUUUCCUCGGAAGCUGUUCUGUGUCCUCUGUCUGGGCUCCCUGGGUCCCAAGCUGGCAUCUCAGGAAUUCCAGGUCACCGACGAGGUUUUGGGGCUCAUCUACUCACAGACGGUGGUUUGGGUGGGGAGUUUUUUCUGCCCGCUGCUCCCCCUGCUCAACUCGGCCAAGUUCCUUCUGCUUUUCUAUUUGAAGAAGCUCACUCUAUUCUCCAUCUGCUCUCCGGCCUCUCGAACCUUUCGGGCCUCGAUGGCAAAUUUCUUUUUCCCCUUGGUUCUUCUCCUGGGUUUGGCCAUCUCUGCCGUCCCUGUGCUGUACAGCAUCUUCCUGAUUCCACCGUCGAAGCUGUGCGGUCCAUUUCGGGGACAGCCGUCCAUCUGGACCCAGAUCCCAGACUCCAUUCACAACCUCCCUCAGUCCACCCAGAAUUUUCUCUUCUUCUUGGGCACCCAGGCCUUUGCUGUACCCCUUCUGCUGAUCUCCAGCAUCUUGAUGGCCUAUACCGUGACCCUAGCUAACUCCUAUGGACGUCUCGUCUCUGAACUCAAACAGCAGAUAGAGAAGGAGUCUCAGAACAAAGUCUUCCUGGCACAGCGUGCUGUGGCGUUAAGUGCUGCCAAGGCUGCCCUCUGACCUCUUCAGCCUGGUGCAGGUCAAGUCCUCAGGCAACCGACGAUCCUCUGGAAACCUCGGCUAGAUCUUCGGGAACAUGGAAGAACUGAAGAAGAUCCUCAUUCUUGCAUAUCUAGGUUUCGAAGAUUUCCAGGGUCCUGAAGCUCGUUGUUCCGCUCCUACCUCUAACAAACCUAAUAAACACUGCAAAGCUCCUG